AUGUACAUCACUCUCUACUACAUUGUCACUCGCCUCCCUUACUCCCUUCGCGUAGUCAGGGACCACUUCCUCUCAGUCUGUCCCACCACUCUCACUGUUGACCUCCUCGAGAAGUCCCUCCUAGCGGCCAAGAAGAGCAUAGUCGCUAUAGGGGCUUCUCGUGGUGACCCGCGCACCCCCAUCUUUGAGGGGUGCUCCCCCUCCCCCCUUCUGCCCUCUGUUGCCUCUGCUGCUACGGCCGACCUCCUUGGUCUUGAGUCGGUCGGUGCGGCGUCUGCCCCUAGCGGGAGACGCCGCUCUGGCAAGGGCAAGGGGGGCAAAGGCGAUGGAGGAGCGAGCGGGAGCGGUGGAGGUGGAGGCGGCGGGGGGAGUGGGGGUGGCGGUGGGAGUAGAGGUGGGGGAGGAGGUGUCGGUGGCGGCAGUGGAGGCGGAGGCGGCGGCGGCGGUGGUGGUGGGAGCGGAGGUGGCGGAAAUGGCGGCGGUGGAGGCGGCGGCGGAGGCGGCAGUGGUAGCGGAGGCGGCGGAGGCGGCGGAGGCGGCGGGUGUGCGGUGGAGCUGGUUGCGAGUCUAGACAGAGGAGUGGUUCCGGUGGUGGCCAGCGCCAGCAGCAGCAGCACGGUCGUGAGACCCUGUCCCCUCAGCAGCUCCUGUGGGGGUGCGCACCCCACCCAGCGCUGCUUUGGCCGCCUGACGGACGCGUGGCGUCGCCAGUUCCCUGAUGCCAUAGAGAUCCCUCGCUGGGGCGAGCUGUCUAGGGCGGGAGUUGCUAUCUAUGAUCUUGAUUUUGAUAUUAUUCUUUCUGCCAUGUAUGCUGUGUCUAUAAGUGAUGAGGGUGACUGUUACCGGUGUUUCCCGCCCGAUCCAGGCAUUGGGACUGCUGCUCUAGGUACUGGUGAGGCUGCUGCCCUAGGUGCUUGUGACGCUGCUGCUCUAGGUGCUAGUGCGUCUGCGUCCUCAGGUACUGGUGAGUCUGCGCUCUCAGGUACUGCUCCUCCCGUGUCCGGCGGCUCCCUCUGGCACCCUGUCUGGUCUCUACCUCCCCUCGUUCUCUACGAACUUGGUGAGUGGUGCUGA